AACUCGAGCUUUGCGGAUGUGCGCGCGCGUGUCGAUAAGAAAAUUGAAGAAACUCGAAAAUACGUAAAAUGCACGCUUGUCGUGGUGUUCUGUGCUUGGCAAGUGAUGCCCCGCUUCAUUGCUUAACAAUUUAACUGCCAGUGUCAGUGCAACGAAAUAAAGAAAAGCCAUAGAAAAAAUGUAUACAAAUAAAAUACAACUACAAAAUUAAACAACUUGUGGCUUGUUUUGUGCAGUUGAGUGGUGUACGAGCGUAUGUGCCACAGAGGCAGAUAGUUUUGCGCUUUUUUGUGCGUGUUGACAGCUGCAAAAAAGUAAAACAAAGUGCAGCAGCAUUCGAAACGUGGCCACAAGCGGCAGAGGCAAAGGCAGAGGCAGAGGCAGACAAGCAGCACAGCAAAUAAACAAAACAAGCGACUAAAACACACACACACACACACACACACACACAAACACCUGCUGCCGUUUGCCGGUUGUACGCCAGAAGCGACGAUAAAUAACGAAGAAGAAAAGUGCAAGAGGAUAGAGGAUAGGGGAGAGAUUUCUAUUGUGAUUUUGCUGGAGAAAAAAAGAACAAAAGAGAAAAGAGAGGAUCGAGAGAUUGCUAGACGAACCCAGACCGCCAGAGACAGACUCCGCUCCUCGCCCUCGCACAGUUCCCACACAAAAGAUUGUCAACGGAGGAGUGGCAGUGGAAGUGAAAUGAGAAGUGAAUGAGAAGAAAAGAGAAGAAGAGAAAAGCUAGUGUGAAAAGUGGAAACCAAAGUGCAUGCACAUGUGUGUGUGAGGCUGUGUGUCUCUCUGUUUGUGCAUUGGGAAAUGCUCGUUCGCGAUCCGCAGCUGAGGAUUAUUGAUUUCUUGGAAUUAUAGAUUGCACAAUCCGAAAAAAAACAUCAAUCGGGGAGAUACAUCCCCCUCUCUCUCUCUCUCUCUCUCUCUCUCCCGGCCCCUCGAAAACUACUUUGGCUAAUUGAUUUCGUUAUUUCCUCGGGUGUUUUGUGAUUGUUUGUUUGAAUGUUUGCUUCUGCGCCUCUACCACUGCAAUGAGGCGUUCGAAAGCUGCCAAUGACAACAACAAAAACAACGCGACAAAUGAACAACAGAAAAAACAGCAGAAAGUGCGCGUUUUUUUGCUAUUUUUUUAAUUAAUUUUAAGUGUUUGCCGUAUUUUGUUGCCCUUCUCGACGGACGGUAGGAGCGGGCGAACGACUGCUACGGAAAUCGGCAAUUUAAUUUACAAUACAACAUUAGUACCGACAUAAAAGUGGAUAAGGGCGCCGCGCGCAGGAGGACCCGAAAAAUGUUUGCCGGAAUACGAAAACGUCUGGCACGCAAGCAGAACGAAAAGGACUGCGAUGAGGAUGACAAGGACGAUGUGCACGACAUAAUGCCGCCGCCACCCAAUUUCAUACAAAUCUCGCAGGGCAGAAUCCAAUUGGUGCAUCAGCCGCGUACGCCCUCCGACCCCUCCGACACGGGCACGCUCUCCCUGGAGCGCAUGAAUGGCGGCGGUAGCCUCGGCUCUGGCGGCUGUGAUAAGGAUUUGUUGGAGAAGCGGAUGAUUGAAGUGGAAGGCGCUCUGCUGCGUUUGCAGGAGGAGUUCCAUAAAAGCCAAUGCGGGUCGCCAACGUUCGAGAAGGAAUUGCGCGAGCAAAUUGAGAACAUGAAUCGCAUUAUGAAAUCCAAAGAGCGCAAACAAAUGCAGACAUGUCGGGAUCACAAGGCACUGCAGACGCGCUUCGCCCGCCAGGAGAGUUUGCUGCACUCCAUGCAGCAGGAGAACCGAUCCCUGCUCACACGCAUCCGGCAGUAUGAGCACUGUCUGGACGACGUGAUGCGCAAGGUGGUGGACGCCAUUGUGGCCGAGGACAAUCUGCGCGAGGAGGUGAGCAUGCUGAAGAGCCGUGUGCGGGAUCUGGAGGCGCAGAACGCUGCGCUGUCCGCCAGUCCGGUGAAGGGUCGGGACGAGGGCUACUGCACGAUGAGCAGUGGCCAGCCGCAGCCGUCGAACGGCCACCUGGAGGACCUGCCAGAGGAGCCCGAGCAGUGGCUGCUGCCGGCAGAGCCCUGCUCGACGGAAAUGGAGGACUGGAGCAUGUCGCAGGAAGAGCUGGCUGUGAUGACAUUCGACGACGAGCGAGAGCACCACCAGCAGCAUCAACGAAGGAAACGCGACCACGACUGGCUCUGGCCCUCGAGUGACUUCAUCAACUCGACCACCGUCGAGACGGACUCCGUUGGCGACGGCAUUGCUCAGCUGCUGCAGCAAAAGAUUGUCUACUCGGAGGAUGAGGAGGUGGCCUGCACGGACUUUACCAACGACUUCUACAAGCUGGUCAACAUCCGCUCCAAUUCGUCGCGCAGCCUCUACUCCUACCUCGAGGGCGAGACGGACGACGAGGACGAGGACGACGACGAGGAGGCAGACUCGAGCAUGUCCGAGAGCCAAGCGGCACACACGGCCCGGGCCGCAGCCAGUCCCACGCCCAGCGAGGCAGGACGCGCCCAGCUGACCAGCUGCUCCUCCAGCGAAACGGACGAAAAUUCGAUCAGCCACCCACCGCCGCCGCUGCCGACGGAGUCGCUUCAGGAAAAGGAGGAAGAGCCUGACUAUGCGGUCAUUGACGAGUGCCGGCGACGCGUCAGCGACAUCGAGAUCGAGGACGUGCCGCUGAUUAUGAGCGCCACGCCCUUGCAGCCACUCAAUGAGCAGCAAUGCAUAGCGCAGAUCAUCAAGAGCGAGCUGCGACGACCGCCCCAUGUGCUGGUGAAGUCCAAGUCGGUGCUGGAGGAGCAGGAGCCAAGCUGCAUUCUGCGCCACAAUCAGCGCCGCGAGCUGGAAUCCACCGUGGUGCGCAGCGACAGCAUAAGCUGUGCCCUGAUGGCCAAAAUCUCCAAAGAGGCAACGCCCCCGUCACCAGCAAUCGUGUCCAAGCUAAAGGAGCGAAUGUUGAACCGACAAUUUUCCGCGCCGCCGACAUCGAGCCCCUGGCGCAGGAGCAACGGCUGGAAGCGGGUGACAUCCCCGGUGCAGAUACCAGCGGCUGCGUCCCCAAAGAAGAAGCAGGCCAAGUCGACGGAGCCGCCAAAGAGUUGCCUGCCGAAGGCGGUGCCCACCAGAAUUCCAACGAGCAUCAAUUCAUCGACGUCAUCUAGCUCUUCGGUGUCCUCCUCCUCGCCCUCGCCUUCGUCUCCAUCGCCACAGUCGCCCCAACAGCAGCAGCCAAAACCCUCAGGACAGCAGCAGCGCAAGUCGAAAAUUCCUCCGCCAGUUCCUGUGCGGCGAUCCUAUGCGAGCUAAGUGGCUGCGGCACCGCAGCGAAAUCUCAACUGAAUAAUCGUCAAGCAAACAAAUAUUCAAAGAUUUAAAAGACUAAAUUGUGAUAUAUUCAAACAAACAAAAAAACAAAAACAAAACAAAACACAGAGGAAGAGUGGGAGCGGGAGUGCCAGGAGCAGCCUGUAGCCAGCAGCCAGCAGGCAGCGGGUUUCGUAUGUAAGAAUUACGAGUAUUUAUGUAUUGUAUAUUGUAGAUUUUUGGAAAAUGUUUUACUUUGUAAGCGGCGGCACUGCCAACUGUUCCCUGGAGACGCCCAGGGCUCACCCUGCUCUAUGUGAAGUAUUUUGUAGAGCAUCGCGGUUGCAGCCCCAAGAAUCGGGCUUUAAGUUGUACUAAAAAUAUAUUACAGCAUAUGGACACUUUGUCGCUGGCAAAGGUCCAAUCAAAACUACUACCAAUACUACUAUUAGAUGAACUAAAACCGUAGUCUUCCGCACAAAUCGAGUGUAUUCGCAGUAGGCAUUUGUAGUAUCUGGUUAUCACACUACCAAACCAACAGUUGGACAUUUGCAUUUAAGGGUGAAAUAUAUAUGAUGUGAAAUUGCAAUAUAAAAUGCAUUUAGGUACGUUAUAUACAUACAUAUAUAUAUAUAUAUAUAUAUACUAUAUACACAAGCGUAUGGUUUCUAAGCGAACAUAAAACGACAGCAGUAACAAUAAACCUGUAUAUAACAGAGCGACCCCAAAAGAAGUCGAUUCAAAUCCCUCUUCUAUACGUAUGGUAGUAAGCGUUAGAACUGCUCUGCUCUGCUCCUCAGGCUGCUGCCAUCGACUAAUUAAUAUUAAUAAUCGCAGCAGCCCGCAUCCUAAGUAUAAAUACGUAUAGAUAGAUAUUACACACACAAUAUAUACAUAAAUACAUAGAGAACAGAACGCACUAUAGUACUAUGCUCGGCAGGUCAGAGAAGGUAUCACUUUAAGCUCGUAUAAACAUUAUAAAUGUAUUUUCUUAGCGUAGCAAGUACAAAAAUAAACAAAAAA